CACGCUGGGAAUUGCAGGCCGCCGCACUGGGCAUCGUGGGAGUUGUAGGCCGCAGUGAGCGGGUAGCGCGCCGUGGGGUCAAAUCUUUCGCUGUGGCCAGAGCCCCGGAAUCUGCUUUCGGAGCUGCUGCUCCUCGGUUAGAGAGCUGGAGGCAACGGUGGAGGGACGAUGCGAGACUGCGGGCCGCUGGGGCUAGCUGGCGUGGCGCUGCUCCUCAUGGCCGCCGGGGCGGGAGCAAGGCCGCGGUCCGCCGUCCCCGGGGACCAGCCCCGAUCUAACGUGGUGUUGGUGGCCUGCGACUCCUUGGAUGGACGCUUGACAUUUUUCCCUGGAAAUCAGACUGUGGAUUUACCUUCCAUAAAUUUUAUGAAAAGACGUGGCACUGUCUUUCUCAAUGCCUACACCAAUUCUCCAAUUUGUUGUCCUUCACGUGCAGCUAUGUGGAGUGGUCUUUUCACUCAUAUAACAGAAUCUUGGAAUAACUUCAAAGGUCUAGAUCCAGAUUAUGUAACAUGGAUGGAUCUCAUGGAGAAGCAUGGCUACCAUACGCAGAAGUUUGGGAAAUUGGACUUUACUUCUGGACAUCAUUCAGUAAGUAACCGUGUGGAAGCUUGGACUAGGGAUGUUAACUUCCUGCUCCGACAAGAAGGAAGACCCAUGGUGAAACUUACAGGCCAUAGGAAGCAGUUUAGAGUAAUGGAAAAAGAUUGGCAGAAUACUGAUAAAGCAGUAAAUUGGAUAAAGGAAGAAGCUGUUAACUUUACUCAACCAUUUAUUCUUUACUUGGGACUAAAUUUACCACACCCAUAUCCAUCACCCUAUGCAGGAGAAAGUUUUGGAUCCUCUACAUUUUUAACAUCUCCCUAUUGGCUUGAAAAGGUAAAUUAUGAAGCUAUUAAAAUACCCAAGUGGUCUUCUCUUUCAGAGAUGCAUCCUGUAGACUAUUACUCAUCAUACACCAAGAAUUGCACAGGAGAGUUUACAAAGGAAGAAGUCAGAAAUAUUAGAGCAUUUUAUUAUGCUAUGUGUGCAGAGACAGAUGCCAUGCUGGGAGAGAUUAUUUCAGCUCUGCGAGAUACUGGGCUUCUUGGAAAAACAAUUGUUAUAUUCACUGCAGAUCAUGGAGAACUUGCUAUGGAACACCGUCAGUUUUAUAAAAUGAGCAUGUAUGAGGGAAGUUCCCACAUUCCUCUUUUAGUUAUGGGACCAGGUUUAAGAGAACAGCAACAAAUACCAAACGUAGUAUCUCUUGUGGAUAUCUAUCCUACUAUGCUUGAUAUAGCAAGAAUUCCUGUGCCACAGAACCUCAGUGGAUAUUCUCUUAUACCGCUGCUACGUGAAAAGGCUGAGAGUGAGGUGUCACCCAGAGGACCUCGACCCUCGUGGGUGCUGAGUGAGUUCCAUGGGUGCAAUGUGAAUUCCUCUGUGUAUAUGCUGAGAACUGGCAAGUGGAAAUACAUCACGUACUCGGAUGGCUCUUCAGUACUGCCCCAACUCUUUGACCUUACUGCUGAUCCAGAUGAGCUUACAAAUCUUGCCAUAAAAUUCUCAGUAACUGUACAUUCUUUGGACAAAAUACUUCGCUCUAUAGUAAACUAUCCAAAGGUUUCUUCUUCUGUUCAUGAGUACAACAAGCAACAGUUUAUCAGUUGGAAACAAAGUUUGGGUCAAAAUUACUCAAGUGUUAUUGCAAACCUUAGGUGGCAUCAAGACUGGUUAAAGGACCAAAAAAAGUAUGAGAAUGCAAUUGACAAAUGGCUUGGAGACCAGAACUUUAUGAAUGUUUGUGACAAUGGGAGUCAGAGCUGGAAAAUGGUGAUGAUAGAUAAAAAGGACUAGAAAAGAUUAAAAAAUAAUUGGAUGCCUUUAUUUCAGGAAAAAGUGAGAUGUUGAUGCUAUAGAAGAUGUUGAUGAUGGGGAUUGAUUAAAGGUGUUGAUAUUUGAAUGGCUGGAUUGGAGUGGACAGACACCCUUCCUCAACAAAUCUAAAGUAAAGCCCUCUUGAUGAGUCUGGCAAGUCUCUGACCAAAGAUUCUUUUUCCCUGCUUUGUCAGAUGGGCCCCAUUGCCCCCAGGAAGCCAGGGCAUGGGAAAAGGGCUGAGUAACCUAAGUCCUGACUAUGGCACCAUGGUUUCAAUCAUUUUUUGCCCCUCCAGGGUUAUCUGGCCCUUUCAUAAUAGUAUAAUUUCAUAACCUGUGAGCCCAUAAAGAAAAUGCACAUUAUCAUUGUGGUUUCAGAUUGCUCAGGCAUUGCUAAGAAUAAGCCUUUGAAAUGUGAGGAAGUGUGUCAAAGCUUAUCCUCACGGUUGUGCUAUAAGCCAUUAGCAACAAGAAUAAAGCAUAUUGUUAAUUUAAACAAGUUUAGAAAACCAGGAUAGCAGUGUCA